AUGGAUAAAAUCAUUAUUGAAUCUUCGUUUGUUAAUUCACUAUUCAAAUGUACACUCUGUAAUGAACUUAUACAUUUAGCUACAAUUAUUAAUGAAUGUUUUCAUCGUUUUUGUAAAUUAUGUAUAAUGAAUUAUUUUGCAAAAAAUAAUAAUACUUGUCCAAUAUGUCAAAUAAUACUUGUUAAUCCCUUUCAAACAUUAAAAUUUGAUCUUACUUUUCAACGAUUAUUAUAUAAAAUAUUUCCAAAUAUUAUUCAACGUGAAAUCGUGUGUAAAUCAUCUGUACCGACAACUAAUGACUCAACAUAUAUUCAGAUUGAAACAAAGAUAAAUGUUUAUUUAGAAUAUUGGGAUAUUUCAUUGGAUCUAUUUCCGAAUGAAUCACAAACAAUAUUAUCAAAAUGUUAUUUAGAAUGUCAAGCUAAUACACCAUUAUUAACAAUUGAAAAAUUUCUUCGAAUUAAAUAUUCAUUACCAUCAACAAUGAAAAUCGAUCUAUUUUAUAAAUCAUUUUUAUUAAAUACAAAUAAUGAACGAUUAAUUGAUAUAUGUUAUUGUUUUGAUAUAAAAAAUAAAAAUUCAAUACUUAAUAUUCGAUUUAUUAUUAGUUUAUAUGGUUAUAAAUCAAUAUUAAAACAUAUACAUCAAUCAAAACAAUCAAUUUUAUUAGAAAAUAAAAAUUCAUUAUUAUUAUCAUCAACAAAUUCAAAACUUAAAGUAAAAUUAUGUCGAUCACAAAAUUCAACAGAUAAUUGGUAUAUAUCUCAAUCGACAUCAUCUAUUGAUUUACCUGAUCUAAUUAAUUCAUGUAAAAAUCGAACAAAAUCUAAAAUAAUAUCAUUAAAAAAGAAAGCAAUAAUUAAUAAAACUCGUCGACGUAUACGUUUUAUUCCAACUAUGGUUAAAGUUCCACCAUCAAUAUUUGAUUGUUUUUCAACUAAACAAUAUGAUUAUAAUAUAUAUCAAUCAAAUGAAAAUUAUCUAAUAGAUAAUACAUUAUCAGAUAUAAAACAAAAAACAAUUUGUAAAGUUCCACCUUAUAUUCCUGAAAAUUCUUCAUUUUAUGAUAAUAAUCCACUUGAUUUAAGUUUAAAAUGA